AACGUUUGAAAGAAGCUCGAAAGGAGCGUAAGAGUAAUAGAGAAAAGAUUCUGCGCUCACAAACUAUAAAAGCCACGAGCAGUACAGCGCCGAUCCUCAGUUUAAGCUUAAUUGUUGAGUAUAAAUUUAAAAGUCCAGAUACAGAAGUGAACAUAAAUAUACGAGUACAUACCUGCAUACAUACAUACAUAUGUAGUCAAGUAGCACCAAGAAAAGAAGCCAUUGAAGUGUUGUAGCAUAAGUAACAUACUCGUAAAUAAAAUUUAAUAAGAAAAAUUGCAAAAAGCGACUUAAAAAAUUAUAUUUAGAGGUAAUAACAACGUCAUACUCUUAAUAUGAGGAUAAGCGUGAAAAGUGUGUCAGGUUUGCUGGUGCUGCUGAUCUUGGCUCUCAUCUGCUACCUUACGGAAGUUGAUGCUGCUCCUUAUCAAGAGUUACCGCCACGUCCUGGACAUAUACCGGUCUAUAUUCGUGAAGGUAAUCAGCCGCUAAGCGAGAUUCAUCCAGGCUUGGCUGAGGCAUUUCAUGAACUAGAAGAACUGGAUCAAAAAGCAGCGGUGAGCAACUCAGAAACAAGCAAUAUCGUUAAAGAUCAAGCGGAUGGGAUCAAAAAUCAAAAGGACACCAGUGGAUUAAUUAAUGCUUUACGGCUCCCAGAGAGUGAUAUAGCGUCUCUGGAUGAGGUAUUAAAUGCGGAAGAUAAAGCGGCAGGUGAAGAAUAGAAAAUAUAUCAAAGCAAGAAUGAAACUAAGAAAACAAGAGGAAGAAAUGGCGGGGAUAUCACCAAGCAACAUAAACAUAACCUUUAGAAGUUUAUUUACAUUUUUUUUAUUUUUUUCUUAAAGUCUCUUGAUAUAAAGCAAUGCUGGGCACUUAGGAUUACGAUUACAUUUUGAUUAUAUAGUUAGGAUUGAGAUUACUCAAGAAAAUUUUUAACAUUCCAAUUAUUAAAUUUUUAAUUAUCAAAUGCUUGAUUGCAAAUACUUAAAGUGUAAUCCAUAAAAUUUAACCAUUACGAUUACUGUAAUCGAGAAAUUAGUUUUGCUUACAGCCAAUAUUGAUUUUUAUACCUGAGGGCGCUUGUGCACAAGGGUAUUAUAACUUUGUUCGCAUAACGGUUGUUUGU